CAUUGAUAAUAGGCUUAAUAGUUCAAUUCAUUCCCUUUAUCCAUCUCCCACGCCCUGACUCAGUCACUGAACGAGUCGAGCUCCAACGCAGAUUACGGAAAUGGCGUUCACAUUGAGGAGCGUGAAAGUACCUCCGAACUCAGCGAGUUUGGAAGAAGCAAGGGGCCGGGUCUUCGAUUUCUUCAGAAAAGCUUGUCGAUCAAUCCCGACUAUUAUGGAUAUAUAUAACCUAGACGACAUCGUCACCAAAUCCGAGCUCCGUUCCAUCAUCGCCUCCGAGAUCCGUAAGAACACCCAUGUUACUAACCCUAAGGUAAUUGAUUUGCUGCUGUUUAAGGGUAUGGAAGAACUGAACAAUAUCGUCGAACAUGCGAAACAACGGCACCACAUUAUUGGGCAGUAUGUACUGGGUCGUCAAGGGCUUGCUCAGGACACCAAGGAUGAAGGAACGUCCGACUUCCUCAAGAAUUUCUACAAAAGCAACUACUUUUAAACAUUCGGUUUGCUAUCUUCCUUGAUAAUAAAUGUUCCUAUCCGAACCUUUCGAUUUGGUAUGUUCCACCGAAUUUACUUGUGUUGGUUUUUCAUUAAUUUGCUGAAAUGCAUGCUUGAAGUCUGGUGAAUUGCUAAUCAGAAUAAUCUAGUAUACACCUCUUGAUAAUUGGCAAAUCAAACUGUGUUUUCUUCUUGGAACA